AGUAGAAUGUUACUAGCGUCCGCUGUAGUGGUAUGGGAAUGGCUAAACGAGCACGGACGCUGGCGGCCCUACAGCCCCGCGGUCUGUCACCACAUCGAGGCGGUGAUCCGGAGCGACCCGCGCUGUGCUAGUGUGGUCCUCGGACAGGUGGACUCUCGCCUUUCGCCCUACAUCAUCGAUCUGCAGUCCAUGCACCAGUUCCGACAAGACACAGGUACCCUUCGGCCUGUAAGACGCAGUUUCUACGACCCCGCCUCCGCCCCGGGGCAGGGCUGGCUGUGGGAGUGGGAAAACGACGCUGGGAGUUGGACUGCGUUUGACACUGAGGUGGGCAAUGCCAUCCAGGCUGCUCGGGACCGACAGCAGCCCUGGCUGGACCUGGCUCCACUAGGAUUCUCCUACCUCAUUGACUUUGAAAACAUGACCCAAAUCAAUGGGCAGACACAGCGCUGUCGGCGUAUCCAACGGCGCUCUGAUUUGGCCUACCCCAUGGUAUCUGGACCACUGCCAAAAUCGCACCAGGCCUGGGGACCUACGUCCAUGUCAGGUGCUGGGGGACUGUUGGGUGUGGAUGUGUCCAGUAUGGGGGUGAGGAUGAACAGCAGUGGAAAUGGGAGCGCUUACCCCAGUGGGGCACUGCCCGCCUCGGCCAUCACCUCUCUGGGGCAGCCCUGUGCCUGUCAGCAGUGCAUGAUGGUGCUGGGUGUAAAGCCCGGUACUCUUUCCUCUUUCUCCACUAUGUCCUCUGCACAGACUCUGGGAAGAAGACCUGCACAGACUAAACUGCCUCUGCCUGCCAUCAGCCCCAAAGUUCACAGUUACUGUGUUCCAGGAGGCUCUUACUCACUGACGCUGCCCCGCCCCCUGACUCUACAGCGCACACUUCCUUCACACAGAACGUCUGUGAUGGGGGCAACAGGCGGAUACAGUGUGGGGGGCAUGGGGGGUCCAAGUGUUGUAGGUGGCAGCGGUGUAAGUAGUGGAUAUGGUCUUGGAGGAGGUUAUGGACACUCCCUGUCUCUCCUUGGUUCGGCCACUGCAGCUCUGUCCCUCUCCUCCAGUCGACCCCCUCCACCCCCACUGCCCCCCCCAGCCCCGCCGCCCCCCUCCAUCACCCCUCCAUCCACAGCCCCAAACCCCUCUCACCCCUCCCUCUCCUCAGUGCUCUCAGUGUCCUGCCCUGCUCCCACCUCUUCUUCUGGUCCAUCUCUCAUUUCGACUGUCUCCUCCACCUGUGCCCCCUCACCCUCCGCUCGUGUCCUGGGACCCGUGGCGUUGUCGGGGGCACCCGCUUGUGCUGCUCCUCUUCCCCCUCGCUCCAGUCUGGCAGGACUUAGUCGCCCUGCGCUGCAGAGGAUCGCCAUGGCCCAAUCCCGUGCCCUUAUUGCCUCUGGAGUCCCAACUGUUCCCGUCAAGAACCUGAAUGGAUCCAGCCCUGUGCAUCCUGCUUUAGCUGGAAUCACAGGAAUUCUGAUGAGCGCUGCUGGACUUCCUGUAUGUCUGACCCGUCCGCCCAAACUGGUCCUCCAUCCGCCCCCUGUCAGCAAGAGUGACAUCAAACCAGUGCCAGGCCUGGGCCACUGCUGCCGCAAGACCACCAAGAAACAGGCUCGCAAAGGAAAGACACCAGAGGAAGUGGUGAAGAGGUAUCUCCAGAAAGUCCGCAAUCCUCCUGAAGAAGACUGCACUAUCUGCAUGGAGGCUCUGUCUGGACCCUCAGGCUACAAAGGUCCCGGGGUUGGGGGUAUAUCUCGUGCUGAGUCGGUGGGACGCCUGACACAGUGUGGGCACCAGUACCACCUCCAGUGCCUUGUCGCCAUGUACAACAACGGGAACAAAGAUGGCAGCCUGCAGUGCCCAACCUGCAAGACCAUCUACGGAGUGAAGACAGGGAACCAGCCCCCCGGGAAGAUGGAGUACCACGUUAUCCCUCACUCGCUCCCAGGACAUCCAGACUGCAAAACUAUCCGGAUCAUUUACAACAUUCCUCCAGGCAUACAGGGCCCAGAGCACCCAAAUCCAGGCAAACCCUUCACUGCACGUGGCUUUCCCAGACACUGCUACCUCCCUGACAGCGAGAAGGGACGCAAGGUCUUGAGGUUACUGCUGGUGGCAUGGGACCGCCGCCUCAUCUUUUCCGUGGGGACCUCCAGCACUACAGGGGAGUCUGACACAGUCAUCUGGAAUGAGGUGCACCACAAGACCGAGUUUGGCUCCAACCUCACUGGUCACGGCUACCCUGACCCCGGUCACCUUGACAACGUGCUGGAGGAGCUAAAGGCCCAGGGCAUCACAGAGGAGGAGUGCCUGCCCAGAGACUGAAGAGAAAGGAGGACUAUGAGACACAAAAUCCCACUUGGAGCUCUUCUUGGGACUGCUACGAGUUCAACUUUGAUGGGAUUCGAGAUGCAGUAACAGUAUUCAGACAUUUGAGCCCACUGUGCACAUAGAUGUCAGUGUUAGAUUACAAAACAGGAAAACUGUGAGACUAAUAUAAAGAAUGUAUCUUGAGAAGUGUUUGCUGCUAUGAGGAAACAAAAUGAUGGUCCAGUUCACUAACAGUGGGAUUUAUAUAGUUUUGACAGACUUCACAGAUGAACUUCAGUAUUAUUAAGUGUAAAUCUGGAUAUUUGAGCAUGGGUAUUUGCUGACCCCUAGUGGUACUUUUCCAGAACAGCAU